CAAAUUCACUUAUCAAUAGAGUCUCGUCAUCAGACGAAAGCAUGAGACAACGAUACUCGUUCGCGAUCGAAUUAUCAAAAUUAACAUUUACAUUUACGCUGUCAAAUUAUUUAGGAUCGUUUACAUUUCUAGAAGAGUGUUUAUUUCUUGAUUCAUUGAUUGUGUCAACAAACUACAAAACAACGUCACAUACUUAGGUACUGCUGGAUUAUACGAUCUGUCAUAAAUAUGGUUCUCCUCGAAAAGACCAAAUUUUAGACGAACGCGAAUUGACUUCCAGACCGACCGAUAAAUAGAUUUCAUAUCCGUCAAGACACGCAUUUACAAUACAGGAUGGAAAACGUCGAGGUGAAGGCAAGCAUUUUGACUUUGGCGUCAUUCUGGAUCUUGGGUCUAUGCAAUAACUUUGGAUACGUUGUGAUGUUGAGUAGCGCACACGACAUUUUAAAUUCCAAUUCUGCCACUUCGGGAGGAAACAAAACAGUCAGCCUUAACUCCACUCAAGAAGAAUAUAAAAGAGAGUGUAAUCAUUUGUCUACUGGCGUUAUACUUUUGGCCGAUAUAAUACCCGGACUGUUAAUCAAGACUUUUUCACCAUUUUUCGCGUUGUAUAUCAACCGAAGACUAUCAUUGUGUAUUUCAUUGACAAUCGCUAGUUUUAUAACUGUAGCAAAAGCGAAUACAGAACUAGUUGCUGCCGUCGGUGUAGCACUUACAUCCAUGGCUUCAGGUCUAGGAGAAUCAACACUUUUAUCUUACAUGAUUAACUAUGAACGAAAUGUAAUUACAUCUUGGUCAUCUGGAACGGGCGCUGCUGGUAUAUUAGGCGCGUUGACGUAUGCAGGAUUGACUGGCGUUUUUCAUUUAUCUCCAUCCACGACAAUGUACUUAAUGCUGUCAGUGCCAUUUUUAAUGGCAGUGUCAUUUUGGGUAUUAUUAGAACACCCGAAAAAAGAUCAAAUAUCAACGAUGGCUAACGAUUGUCCAGAUCUCAGUACAAACAGUCAAAGUCUUUCAAAUAAACUAUCGUAUGUGCCCUCAUUGUUGAAAUUUAUGAUUCCUUUAGGGUUAGUGUACUUCUUUGAGUAUCUGAUCAAUCAAGGAUUAUUUGAGUUGGUUUAUUUUGAAAAAAUAUGGUUGACGCAUGCAGAGCAAUACAGAUGGUACCAAGUCUUGUAUCAGUUGGGCGUUUUUGUUUCUAGAACUUCAGUGAACCUGUUUCCGAUUGAAAAAAUUUGGAUCUUGACAAUAUUGCAGGGUUUCAACGUCGUAUACUUUUUAAUCGAAACUCUGUACUCUUUCACGCCGAAUAUAUAUAUCAUAUUUGCAAUGAUAGGAUUCGAAGGUUUAUUAGGAGGAGGUGCAUAUGCUAACUCGUAUCAUAACAUCAUGAAAAAAGUUCCGAAGGAGCGUCAAGAAUUUUCAAUGGCCAUGACGUCACUUUCUGACUCGAUCGGUGUCACAUUAGCCGGACUACUGGCGAUUCCAUUACACAAUCGAAUUUGUUAUAUACCGAAAUGAGUCUACUUAUAGAUAAUAAUUGACACUGUAUCUAUAAACAAAUAAGAGUUUAGUUAAUUUAAGAAUAUUGUGUAAGUAGGUUACGUUAAUUUUAAACAAAAAUGAUGUCAAUGUUACUCACUAUGGUAUAAUAUCGUUUAACUCCUCAUUAUUAUUAUUAGUUUGAAUAUUAUCUAUAAGCAAACAUGUUUAUUAUUUAUUAUAAUAAUAUUAUGAACAAAUAAGAUAGGACAUUGGUACCUAUGAGAAUGUCAUCUUAAGUAAU